AUGGACCGCCUCGUCAACGCGGGCAACAUCCUGGUCGGGGUGUCGGCGUCGGUGCUCGUGUACGGCGUCCUCGUGCUGCACGCGCUGCCGUCUCGGCGCGGCGCCUUCGUGGCGACGGACGAGUGGAUCCGGCGCGCGGUGCGGAGGACGGACGCGAGCCACUGGGACAGGCUGGCGAUGGCGGAGAUGUGCUGCUGA